UGCGAUGUCUUGCAGGCUCUGGACCUGUGCGUGCAGCUCCUGGAAAUGGGGGAGACGGCUUUGAUCGUGUCAGAUCGAUCUGCGUCGCACCCUGUCCCCGUGAGCUCCUGUGGUUCUGAUUUCUGGGCUGUGGUGCUAAAUCUCUGUGGCCCAGUGGCUGGUGGAACUGACAGAGGUGGCAACAGUGCCACAGCUUUGUCCCCCUCUUUGCGCAGGAGCCCUGACAUCCCACCCAACGCGGCCCUCACACUGGAGGUGGAGCUGCUGGCGGCUCGUGCGCCAGACCUGGAGCUGCUCAGCGGGAAGGAGAAGAUAGAGUUGGCCAACCGCAAGCGGGAGCGCGGCAACUUCUUCUACCAGCAAGCAGAUUAUGUGCUGGCCAUCAACUCCUACGACAUCGCCCUCAAGAUCAUCGGCUCCAGCUCGAAAGUUGACUUCAGCCCAGAGGAGGAGGCUGAGCUGCUGGACGUGAAGGUGAAAUGUCUCAACAACCUGGCAGCCUCUCAGCUUAAAUUGGACCAUUACGAGGCGGCCCUCAAGUCCUGUAACCUCGUCCUGGAGCACCAGCCAGGGAACAUCAAGGCUCUCUUCCGAAAGGGCAAGGUCCUGGCUCAGCAGGGUGAAUACAGAGAGGCCAUCCCCAUCUUAAAGGCAGCCUUGAAGCUGGAGCCUUCAAACAAGACCAUCCACGCUGAGCUCUCCAAGCUGGUGAAGAAGCACACGGACCAGAAGAACGUGGAGACAGAGAUGUACAGGAAGAUGCUCGGGAAUCCCAGCGCCGCCAGCACCCCG